CCAAAGCAAGAAGAGAUAAAAGUGCAACCAAAGCAAUAGAAAAAGAUCAGCAGGACUUGGGGAGCAUUUGAGGAAAAAAAUAAAGAAGAAGAAAAGUCUGCUGAGAAGCGAGGCGAGACAUUGCAGAACUUCAAGGAAGGGAAGGGAAGGAGAGCAGGCUGCGAGAUGAGCUAUCCAGAGAACGAGAAGACAUCUCAAAUAAAUGAAUCGUUUCAUCCUGGACAUCAGCCUGAUCCCAUGAAAUCAGCUAUUAAUCCACCGCCUCCAAUGUAUGAGCCAUAUCCCACUAUGCCAUACCAGUACCAACCUUAUGCUGGACCUGCUGGAGCCAUAGCUGUGAAGCCUCAACAAACCAUCCUCAUCACAAAUGUCCAACCUGUCAAUGAACCAGAUUAUUUGGGCUACUCCAUCUUCACCCUCCUUUGCUGCUGCCUCCCCUUGGGCAUAGCUGCUUUGGUUUAUUCCAUACUGACUCAAGGGGCCAAUCAACGGGGAGAUAUCGCAUCUGCUAAGAGAUAUUCCACAGUGGCACUCAUCUUGGAUCACAUCGCCGUUGCAUUGGGGAUUAUACUUACCACAGUGACUAUUGUUCUCGUCUUUGUCCAGCAUUGA